CCGGGGCCGCCACGCCUCAAUCUCCAGGACUUUUGAGGGGAGAACAGGGCGAGAGGUUGAGAGAUCUUGGUAACGAUGCAGAUCUUCGUCAAAACCCUAACGGGGAAGACCAUAACCCUUGAGGUCGAGAGCAGCGACACCAUCGACAACGUCAAGGCCAAGAUCCAGGACAAGGAAGGGAUUCCGCCGGACCAGCAGCGUCUGAUCUUUGCCGGUAAGCAGCUCGAGGAUGGACGGACCCUCGCGGACUAUAACAUCCAGAAAGAGUCGACUCUGCAUCUGGUGCUGAGGCUGAGGGGAGGAAUCAUAGAGCCCUCUCUUAUGGCUCUUGCCAGGAAGUACAACCAGGACAAAAUGAUCUGCCGAAAGUGCUAUGCAAGGUUGCAUCCAAGGGCUGUGAACUGCCGCAAAAAGAAGUGUGGCCACAGCAACCAG